AUGACUGAUGAGUCAUUGAUUCCAAUUGAUCCGAUAAACAUAUACCCAACCAUGCAAGCACUACCAUCUUGUGCUUAUUCCUUUCCUAUCUCUCUCUUCCCUCCUCCAUCAAACUUUGUACCUAGCAGUGUCAAGCUCUCUUGGUUCUCUAAACAAGAGAAUGAUGAGUUAUCACACAGAGAUUACUGUUACAUUUUCCCUGCUCCCGUUUCCCCUGCAGAAUCAAAACGUCCCAAUCCAAUGGAUAAAAUAUAUGGUGCAAUAAAUCAUUAUGGCAAGAAGGUUGAAGAAGCAACCAAACAAGCCGAGACCAUGGUUGGCAAUAUACGGAAUCACGUAAGAGUUAGUUCUAGGCCAGCUGAUGCUGCAAUUGCUAGACUUAUUCAAGGAACAAAGGUGCUUACAUCAGGAGGACCCGAUAAGCUAUUUCAACAAACAUUUGGGGUUUUUCCAGGAGAGAAGCUCUUACAGCCAUGUGCUUGCUACAUAUCAACAAACUCUGGACCUCUAAUUGGAACACUUUAUAUAUCCACCAAAAGAUUAGCAUUUUGCAGUGACUCUCCAUUGUGCCAUCAUCCAUUCUCCCUGCAGCAGCAUGAAUGCGUUUAUUAUAAGGUGAUAGUGCUGCUGGAUCAGUUGAGCAAAGUCAGUUCUGUCAGAAAUGGAUUGAAUCCAUCAGAAAAACGCAUGCAGGUUAUCACAACAGAUGGCUAUGAGUUCCAUUUCAUGGGUUUUUUCUCAUAUGACAAGGCUCUCAAGGCUGUAAACGAGGCUCUAAAGCAUUAAGGCAAUCAUUCCAGUGUUCUUGUAGUAACACUUCCACCUGUGUGCUUAAUUAGAUUCUCUUCAAUGUACAUAUACUUUUCUUUUUCUUUUUUUAAGUUGAAGGCUCAAACAGACCUUAACAUAAUGAGAUAACUCUUCAAUGUACCUUCACCACCGAGUUAAACCCAAAAAAUAAAAAUUAAAGGAUUAAAUAUAAUUUUAUUCUUCCAAAUAUAAAA